GUCGGGGAAGAUGCAUAUUGGAAGUUAGUUUGCUUGGUUGCGAGUACGUAGUUGGUCCAAUGGUGUAGACACGCGGUUAGUAUGAAACAGAUGUUUAUCUCCUAUUCGAAUUGCUUGGUUGUGGAUGGAUGUGAAGUAGUGAGUAGUAGGAUUUAAAACGCGGGUUGAUAUGGGAAGUUUGCAGUAUACUAGUAACAUAAUUGCCGGUGAUGGAGACGGCGCUAUAUAUUUGGUUUCUGGGGUUAAGGGUUUCUACAAUGAGUACUAUUGUAUUAUUCCUAUGUUAAAUGGGGGAAGUACGCUCUAUAGCGUUCUAUUAGUACUGCUCGAUAAGAGGACGAAAUCGAAUUUAGGUUUGAAUGAAGGGAAUACUACAGUUUUCCUCAUAGAAACCAUGUUCCAUGGGAUAUGCUUACUACCGCAAUAUAUAUUUCGGCAUCCAGGAAUGCACAGAAUAUACUACGACGACCCAUCAUAUCACAUAAUCCCGAUCAUAUCCAGAGCCAGAUUCCAGGGCCUACAUAUCCAGAAGUUACUCCUACCACUAACCACAAGUCUCCGAUAAACUACGGAGCAGAAUCCGGACUCCGUGUCGUAGCAUCUGUAUAUCAUCAGGAACCGACGGGAGUGAACCAUGGAACCAACCAGUAUCCCGGCCACGAACCCCGACUGACAGAUAGCUUUCCAUGGUUAAGCUGAUCGCAUGCAACUACGUGUUUAGAAUAUCCUGGACUACGGCACCAAGUUCUAUCGAAAACCAAGCCGAAUUAGGCGAC